AUGUUGAACUGGAUGAGAUUAAACUUAACGAGCUCAGAAUAUGUAGCAACUAGUUGGGCCCAGCUUGACAGAUCAUUCGGUGGCAUUGUGGUUUACUUUGUUUACUUCAAAUGCAACAAGAAGCUUAUAAGGGAAUAUCCAAAUCUGUUCAAUUACACCAAGGACAUAUACCAAAUUUCUGGCAUUAGUAGCACGGUUAACAUGGAGCACAUUCGAAAGAGCUACUAUGAAGGUUAUUCGCCCAUAAAUCCAAACAGGAUUAUCCCUGUGGGCCCAAACAUCGAUUAUAAUGCUCCACAUGAUAGAGAGAAGUUCAAGGCUUAG